AUGAGUCCAGAAAAUGAGCAUCAAUCACAAACCAAAUUGAGUGAGGAAAAUGAACAUCAAUCGCAAACCAAAGUGAGUCAUGAAGAAGAACUUCAAUUGCAAACCAAAAUGAGUCAACAAGAAUCAAGUGAUGGGAACAUCAAUUGUUCCAGUUCUGACAUCAGUUAUGAAGAAGAUUCUAGCCUUCUAAGUGAUUGCCUCCUUACUGCUGUUAAGGUGCUGAUGAAUUUGACUAAUGACAACCCUAUUGGCUGUCAACUAAUUGCUGCCAAUGGAGGACUAGAGGCCAUGCCUAUGUUAAUUGCUGGUCAUUUCCCUUCUUUUAGCUCAUCUCAGUCCUUUGCUCAAAUAAAAGACAACUCUUUGAGAACUGAAAAGGACCAUCUAUGUGACAUGCUUCUAAAUGAUCACGAGUUGGAUUUUCUUGUUGCUAUUCUGGGUUUGCUUGUAAAUCUGGUUGAGAAGGACAGUCAAAACAGAUCACGGCUUGCAGCAGCCAGUGUUUUACUACCUUCUUCAAAAGGCUUGGACCAGGAGGUUCGGCGGGAUGUUAUUCAAUUAUUAUGCUCUAUUUUUUUGGCUAACCAGGGUGAAAGUGAGGUGGCAGGUGGGGAAGAUAAAAAAUUUGAACUGAAUGAUGAGGCGGCUGUACUACAAGGUGAAAAAGAAGCUGAGAAAAUGAUUGUCGAAGCUUACUCUGCGUUGCUUCUAGCAUUUCUUUCCACUGAAAGCAAGAGCAUCCGCGAAUCAAUUGCUGACAAUCUUCCAGAUCACAACUUGGCCAGUCUUGUACCUGUGUUAGACAGAUUUGUGGAAUUUCAUCUGUCCUUGGACAUGAUUUCACCAGAGGCUCAUAAAACUGUUAGCGAGGUCAUCGAAUCAUGUAGAAUUCGGUGA